AUGAUGGCUUCAGCUGCAUCCCCGCCUCCCGCCGACCCCUCGGCCCCCAACAUGGUCACCCAGGAUUUCUGGAGGUCCCAGGUGUGUGGGUACACUUCAUCGGUUAAGGGUCACAUCAGCCAUCGAGCCAACAAUUUCAAAAGACAUCCAAAGAGAAGAAAACUAAUUCGUCCUUCACCUCCUCCGCCCCCCAACACCCCGUGCCCGCUCGAUCUCAUCGAUUUCGUAGACCUUCACCUCGAAGGUCUUUCAUGGAACUCUUGUUUAAUGGCUGCAUAUUGUUCGGCAUCGAGUUCUGUUAUGCAAUGGAGACGGCGUACGUCACCCCGGUGCUCCUUCAGAUGGGUCUUCCAGAUGAGUUCUAUAGCAUGGUGUGGUUUAUCAGCCCCAUCCUGGGUUUCCUCCUCCAGCCGUUAUUGGGGGCGUGGAGUGACACCUGCACAUCCAGCUUCGGCAGGAGGAGACCCUUCAUACUCGUCCUCGCCAUAGGAGCCUUAUUUGGCCUUACACUGCUGCUGAAUGGGAGAGACAUUGGCCUGUCUGUGGGAGAUUCCCAGUCCGACCAUAAAUGGGGCCUCAUCCUCACCAUCUGUGGAGUCAUCCUCAUGGAUUUCAGUGCAGACUCUGCAGAUAAUCCCAGCCAUGCCUACAUGAUGGACGUGUGCUCCCCAGGGGAUCAGGAUCGGGGACUCAACAUUCAUGCGCUGCUUGGUGGCCUUGGUGGUGGCUUUGGCUAUGUGGUUGGCGGCAUUAACUGGAACAAGACGAGUUUUGGAAAAGCCAUGGGAGGACAGUUACGGGUUAUCUAUCUGUUCACAUCAAUAACGCUGACCAUCAUGACCGUCCUGACCUUAAUCAGCAUCCCAGAAAAACCUCUUCAGUCCUUCAGCAAGAAGAAGAAGGUGAUGAAGAGCCCCAGUCUUACCCUUCCUCCGUCACCUCCCAUAUUUUUUGAAGAACAAGAAAACCACCAACAACCCUCCCAGAACUCCAACCACUUGUAUGCAAGCUUCACCAGUCCCAUCUCUCCUCUCAGCCCCCUCACACCAAAGUAUGGAAGCCUCAUCAGCCGGGACAAUUCUUUAACUGGAAUUAAUGAGUUUGCCUCCUCGUUUGGCAACAACCAACAUUGAUAGCGUUCUCAUUGACUGCUUUACCGGGGGACAUGAUGGAUUCACUACAACCUCCGGUAGUUUGCCAAGGCAGGCCAGCAGCCUUCCUCGAGUACCUGAGAAUCUGUACUGUGGUGGUAACCGUAGCCUGGACUCCGCAGACAACCCGACCAGUCCUUGCACAGAUAGAACCAGCUUAAGAGUCGGGUCUCUUGAUGCACCAAAGCCAAGAUCAUCGGGAAUUCUGAAAAGGCCGCAGUCCCUGGCCAUUCCAGAUGUAAUUACGGGAACUUGUCCUGAGAGCAGCCGAAGACGGAAUGUAACCUUCAGCCAACAGGUGGCUAACAUACUGCUGAACGGUGUAAAGUACGAAAGCGACCUGAAUGGAUCCACCGAGAUUUCCCAUCGAACGCUUUCCAUGAAAGUCCUGUGCUCGUCCAUCUGCCACAUGCCCAAAGCCCUGCGCAAUCUGUGCAUCAACCAUUUCCUAGGUUGGCUGUCCUUUGAGGGGAUGUUGCUCUUCUAUACGGACUUCAUGGGCGAGGUUGUCUUUCAGGGAGAUCCUAAGGCUCCGCACAAUUCUGAGGAAUAUCAUAAAUACAACGCCGGCGUUACAAUGGGAUGCUGGGGGAUGUGCAUAUACGCCUUCAGUGCCGCGCUCUACUCAGCCGUCCUGGAGAAGCUGGAGGAACAUUUCACCAUCCGCACUCUGUACUUCAUCGCCUAUCUGAUGUUUGGCCUGGGGACGGGUCUGGCCACGCUCUCCAGUAAUCUGUACAUCAUCCUGUCUCUGUGUAUUACACACGGCAUCCUCUUCUCCACACUCUGCAUCCUCCCGUACUCCCUGCUCUGCGAUUACUACCAGAAUAAGAGGUUUGUAGGCUCCAGCUCUGAAGGCACCAAGCGUGGGAUGGGGGUGGACAUCUCUCUCCUCAGCUGCCAGUAUUUCCUCGCCCAGAUCCUGGUCUCCAUCGUCAUGGGACCUCUGACGUCAAUCGUCGGCAGUGCCAAUGGAGUCAUGUACUUCUCCAGCCUCAUGGCGUUUGUGGGCUGCUUCUACUCCUCUUUAUUUGUUAUCUACGACAUUCCACCAAGUGGAGAUCUGGAUGACGAGGAGCAGCCGCUUCUACUGAACAUCUGA